CGUGUUUUUGCUUAAUGAAAUUAAAAAAAAAAAAGGAAGAGCGGAGAGGGCAGUAUAAAAACAAGCAUUGGAGGAAAAAACUUUAGACCCCUCACAGAUAACAAAGCUCGACAGUCAGUCAAGAUGAAGUUGGUGCUUUUACUUGUGGUACUGGGAACAAUAUCUGCAGAAGUUCAAGAUCUUUCAAGAAAAAUGUUUACCUUCCCCCAGUCAUCAAACACAGCUCAUGUGAAGCUGAACCCAGCAAAACUGGAUUACAAUGCUGUAACUGUCUGUCACAGAUCUAUUACAGACCUCGAGAGAGACCACGCCAUAUUCUCUUUAUCCACACCCUCUCAAGACAAUGGCUUCCUGACUUUUUGGAAGAACGCAAACCGAGAGAUACAGCCCCAUAUCAAAAAUGCAAGAGUUGAAUAUAAAGGAUGGGACUACAAGUUAAACAAGUGGCACUCCAUCUGCACCACAUGGGACUCUGAGAACGGACUGGUGCAGAUAUGGGUCGAUGGGAUACCUUCAAUCAGAAAAUUCAGCAUCUCCGGUGCCAUCAGUGGGGCAGUCAAAGUUGUUUUAGGACAGGACCAAGACAAUCAUGGUGGAGGGUUUGACGUUAACCAAAGCUUUGUUGGCAUGAUAACGGAUGUCCACAUGUGGGACCACAUCCUAUCUUCAUGUGACAUCCAGAACUACAUGGGCGAAAUGAACUUCACUCCAGGAAAUGUGCUGAACUGGAAGGCACUUGACUUUGAGAUAGUUGGGAAAGUGUUGAUUGAGGAUAAACCUGCUUGUCACUCUACAUCAGUAUUUUUGGGGUAAAAUAAAAGAUAUCUAUUGAAACAAA